AUGCCAGUGAAGAGUGGAAAUGCGUCGAUUAGGGAUCGGACGCAGGAGUUUUUGGCGGUAGUGGAAAGGGUAAGGAAACCAUUUUCCUCGCAAAAUGGGGCAACUAAUAAUGCAACGAUUGCAGAGGAGCCGCCGCCCGAUAUGGCGAUACAGUCGGAAUUCAAUCGUCGGGCGUCGAAAAUUGGAUUCGGGAUUCAUCAGACCUCGCAGAAGCUAUCUAAGCUCGCGAAAUUGGCAAAGAGGACAUCAGUCUUUGAUGACCCUACCAUGGAAAUUCAGGAGCUGACCUCAGUUAUAAAGCAAGAUAUUACUGCACUUAACUCUGCUGUAGUUGACCUCCAGCUUCUUUGCAAUUCAAGAAACGGAAGUGGAAAUAUUUCCAGCGACACCACCACUCAUUCUACUACAGUUGUUGAUGAUUUGAAGAAUCGGUUGAUGAAUGCCACUAAGGAUUUUAAGGAAGUCUUGACCAUGCGGACUGAGAACAUGAAGGUUCAUGAAAACAGAAGGCAGUUAUUUUCUUCUACUGCUUCCCAGAAUCUGACAAAUUCAUUCAUUCGCCAACGACCUUCGGCUGCAAGUACCUCAGCUGCCCCACCUCUUCCAUGGGCUAGAGGGGCACAAUCUUCUUCCCUAGUGUUCUCCAAGAAUCAGGUGGAUGGGGAGAGUCAGCAUCAGCUGCAGCAGCAGCAGCAGGAGGUGGUUCCAUUUCAAGAUGGCUACAUGCAGAGUAGAUCUGACGCUCUUCAGAAUGUCGAAUCAACCAUUCAGGAACUGGGGAAUAUCUUUAAUCAGCUUGCUACCUUGGUUUCUCAGCAAGGAGAGAUUGCCAUCAGGAUCGAUGAGAACAUGGACGAUACACUAUCAAAUGUAGAGGGGGCUCAAGGGGCUCUUCUCAAGAAGGACGAAGGAUCGUUCACGGUGAACAACAGCAAUGUUUUUGCGGUGCUGGAGAGGAGGAGGAAGAAGUCCUACAAAGAGAAGGGCUCCGCAAAGAGCAGUAAGAGUGUGUUAAAAGCUGGGGCUGGGAAAUCAAAAGAACCGGAGGAGGAGAAGCCUCAGGUAUUUUGGGCUCCAGCGCCUUUGACUGUGAAGUCGUGGGCUGACGUGGAUGACGAGGAUGAUGAUGAUUACUAUGCCACCACUGCUCCACCCCAAUCUGCUUGGGGUGUUUCGGAGUUGAGCAAACCUAAAGAGAGUCAGAAACUGGAACCUGUGGAGGAAAGUGAGAGUGAAGAUGAUUUUCUCGAUGAAGGUGAUGGUGACAUGGAAGAAGAGCAUGAUCAUGAACCAGUUGUGGAAGAACAGACUGAGCCAGUAGUGAAGAAGUCUGUAGAUGCUUAUCCAGUGACUAAAGAGGCAGAAAGACAGCUUUCCAAGAAAGAGAGAAGAAAAAAGGAGCUUGCUGAGCUGGAGGCCAUUUUGGCAGAAAUUGGAGUUGCCCCAAAAGAGAGAGCCAUAGAUGAGUCAUCUGAUAUUUCCAGAGAAAAGAAAGAGGGACAUAUGAAUGCAGAUGUAGAAAAGAAGGAUGGUGUCCAUGCAGAAUCCAAGAGUUCAAAGAAGAAGAAAAGGAAGGAUAAAGCUUCAAAAGAGGUGAAGGAAUGCCAGGAUCAGUCCAGCAGCUCAGAUGUUCCUAAUAGACAAGAGGAAACUACUGAAUCCGAACAAGUGAAAGAAGACACAUCUGCUGUCAAUGUGAAGGAGCUAAAGAAGGCGGCAUCUGCUAAGAAGAAGAAAUCUAAUAAGGAGAUGGAUGCUGCUGCCAAAGCUGCUGCCGUGGAGGCUGCUGCAAGGAGUGCAAAACUUGCUGCUGCUAAGAAGAAAGAAAAAAACCAUUACAAUCAGCAGCCAUUACGGUAA